AUGGCUGUUCCCAACACCUAUGGGUUAAUCUUUGCCUGUACCUGUGGUGUGAUCCUGGGCAUUGGGCUGUGUGCCAACCUGCUGGUCUUCUCUUUGUUUGCCAAGUACAACACACUGCGUAAGAACCGGCUCGAUAUCCUUCUGUUCAGCAUGACUCUGGCUGACUUCCUAACCCUCCUGCUCAUCCCCUUCACAUUGCACUCUGCUGUAAGUCACUCCUGGCCUCUCGGUGACAUCUCCUGCAAGGUUUACCAGUUCCUGCUAGCCUUCAGUCUGGCAGCUAGCACCUAUUCGCUGUGCGCUGUGUCCAUGACCCGAGCCAUGAUCAUCACCAACCCAUACCAGCCUCCCACCAUGGAUCUGGUCAUUCUUAUGUUUGUCUUGGUCUGGGCCCUCAGCUUCUUUAUUAGCCUGCCUCUGCGAAUGUUUGCUACCAAAAAGAGCAUAGGCCCAAACCUGACAAACUUCACCUUCUGCCUUCCAACCAUUCAUGAGCACCACUACCAAGUGGUCCUAAGCCAGUUUGUACUUUACUACUUUAUUCCGAUGCUAGUCAUUGCAUUCAACUAUGUCCGUCUGGCUCUGUUUCUCCACAAGAGUCCUGUAAUGUCAGUGUCCAGUGCCAAAAACACCCGCAGAGCCUCUGUCAUGGUUUUCUUGGCUGCAGCUACCUUCUCAGUGUGCUGGCUGCCUAGUUAUGUGCUGGAGCUGUGUGUGUACCUGGGGCUGUAUCGCCACGGAGCGGCUUGGGAUAUAUUCUACUUUAUCUGUACUGUGCUCCAGUACCUGCACCCCUGUGUCAACCCAGUGCUCUAUGUGCUGCUGUCUAAGCGCUACCGCCACAGGAGGGCAGCCUGGCUCUUCAGCUGUAACAGGAACAGGGUGCAGCCGCAGGUCACCAGCGUUACCACAGACAGCCUUUAGAGUCAGCUGAUUUGUUCGUGCAUCAGGCAGUGAGCUGAAGACACCUUUUUGUUACAGUUACUGUUUGUACAAAUCAAAAUUUCUGCUGCCAUUUUUUUAGUUGUUGCUGUUGUUGACAUUUGUGAUUAUUUCAGUUUGCCAUUCCAAGUGUGCGCUUUAAAUAUAGAAGUAAGUAGACACGAAAAGUCUAUUUUCAGGCGUGACACAUCUGCUAUGUGCCUUAAAAAGCAGGAGGAAUCAGUUUCUGUAUCACUAUCUUAAUGACUAUUUGUCUUUGAAACAAUAUCCUACUUUAUUUUUACAAAUGACUGUGAUUUCCCACCCCCACCAGGGGGUCAUGUCAUGUAUUAUGUCAUUUGGAAAUUUUCUUUCCCCAUCAUGUUGAAAUGUGUUUGAGGAUUAAUACAGAUCUGAUUACAAUGUAUUUGUU